CCAUGUUUUACAGACAUUCUGUGUUUCUGUUGUUUAUAUUUAUUGACAGGAUUUUAACCUGUUCUGUACAGCAUAACGAAUCCGAACGUUAGCAACUGUAUUCCUCUACAUUACUGAGACAAAUAGAAAACAGUUUUAUAUGACGCAGUAGAAAAUUGUAACAGAUGCAGUUACUAAAGUUAAUAAAGUGUGAAAGAACCACAUGAAGAGUUUUUAUUAUUCAUUGUGACUGACUGGUUUGUUGCUUCUGUUUGGAAAAAAUACAAAUCAAAUGGAUAUAAAGAUGAUAUGAAACACAAAAGUUCAUGUAAUUAGAGUCAAAUUCAGUAAAAUGGCCUCAGUAAUAUUAUUUCUGACUCUGCAGUCUGAAUAGAAUAGAAAAUAGAAUAUUGAUCCCUAAGAAGAGAUUAUCAAUUGACAAACUUUUCCAUAAAUAUUUACAAAUACGGCCAAAAGCAAUCAAAAAUAUAAAAAUAUAGAUAAAAAAAAGAAGUGUGCACAUGCAAACAUGUCCAUCUAUAAAUGAGUCCAGAGAAAAACUAGACUGAAGUCUCAGAGUUGUGCAUCAUAAAGUGUAUGUGCUGCUAAAUCUUUUGUUUUAGCCCAGGAACCAGGAUGAGUUUCAGAUGUCUGAAUGUGUGCUGCAGCUUUUCUAUUGGCUCUCAGAUCAACCAAUCACAGGCAGCGAUAAAGACUCGUCACAUGGUGCAGCAGCUGCAGGUUUCUCAGCUCAAACCGCCUCUGGGCUGUAAACUCACCACCCUGACGACGUUCUUCCGUCUGGACGGGGAAAAUCAUUCAGGAUGGGUUUCCGUCGGGUCGUCUUCCUGCUCCUGGGUUACCUGCCGCUGGCCGCUGCCAUGUACUUCGACCUGGGAGAGCAGGAGCAAAAAUGCAUCAUAGAGGAGGUUCCUGAGGACACCUUGGUGACAGGAAACUUCCUCUUGGAGCCGUGGGACGUCACGGCGUUCAGGCACUCGCCUCACCUGGGCGUCACGGUUACCGUCAGAGACCCGAACCAGGAAGUCCAGUUGUCCAAACGCUACGGAAAAUUUGGUAAAUUCACCUUCACAGCUCACGCCUCCGGCCAGCACUACCUGUGCUUCCAAACCAACUCCACCAUGUUCUCUGUGUUCGCUGGAGAAAAGCUGAAGCUGCAUUUGGACGUUCAGAUGGGAGAGCACUCGGUAGAUCGCAACGUGGAGCGGACCAAAGACAACCUGCAGAUUCUGGAGAGCAAUCUGCAACACCUGACCAGCCAGAUGACGUACAUCACCAGGCAGCAGGAGUACAACCGGGAAAAAGAGGAGAUUUUCCGUCAGAUCAGUGAGGAAACCAACAGCAAGGUGUUGUGGUGGGCGGUGAUCCAAACCUGCAUCCUGCUCUCUGUUGGUUUCUGGCAGAUCAAACGACUCAAAGACUUUUUCAUCGCCAAGAAGCUGGUCUGAUGUCGCCUUCUCCCCGAUCUGUACGGCACAAACAUCCCGUCAGGACCGGGAAACAAUAAUUAAAACAUGAGAUCCGACCUGGUUCACAACUCUGCAUGGGUAAUGAAAGGAAGGCUGAAAAAUAAAGGAAGGUUUAACAAAC